AUGCUUGUGACCUGGUAUUCAUCUUCGUCGAAUUCGACGGUUGCUGUUCCUCAAAGCCCACUCUUUGACGUCCUACCAGGCGAGAUCCGUAAUAACAUAUUCGAGUUGGCACUCAUGCAGUAUGAAGACGACGCAGCAGCAUAUCCGGAAGACUCGUACUGGUACAGGCCAGGCUUCUCAGGACCGCUCAAGGGUAGUAGUGCGCUUUUGCGCACGUGCAGAUUGGCGUACGCGGAAGGCCAGAAGGUGUUUCUGAGAGAAUUGGAGUACGCAUUCUGGUUUAACCGCGGACCCAGUGGCCGCACAUGCACCCCGGCGUGCGAGAGAUUCUUCAGAGACCUGACUCCACAGGCGGCGCAGUCGCUUCAGAAAGUACGUUUCUUCACGCAAAUGUUCUGGCUCGAAGACGGGCCACAGCUAUUCUAUCUCUUUUCAGUACCGCAGUUCCGGCCCACUCAGCUUACUAUCACCAUCCGAUACUCAGACUGGUGGUUCUGGGAAGACAAUGAACCACUCCGUAUGAAUGAAGGAUGGCUGCGCUAUUUCGAAGGAAAUCCAGGCCUCCGCGUACUCAAGGUUGAGUACGAAACACUCAUCGAACGAAACAAGAAAUGGAAGCUUCCCGUGAGAAGGGAAGGCGAAAUGUUUCAAGCAAACAAGCUGGAAGGAUACCUUAGUGCCGAAAAUACGGCACUAGAGGAAUGGAAAUGGAAGGGCACAAGCAAGCUAGGUGGAGAAACAUGGAGCCAUCAUGGUACUGGGGACAAAGUCGAGUACAUCGUCGUGACGGAUACCUGGAAGUUUGUGGAAGGCGUGUUGAGCGACAAAGAGAUGGAGGGCCGACUGGAUCCGACUAUGAGCGUAUGGAAACCGAGACGAGGUAAGGCAUCGACCCGUCGGAACGUAGACGUAUGGGGUGCGAGACUUCGUGAGAGAAGAACUACAAAUGAUUCAGCUUAG